AGUCUGUCGCUAGGAUAUCUAUAUAACAGUGUCGUGCUUGUUAGCACGUGUGAUUUUAGUAUAUGUAAUUAAUAUUGUUGUAAUUAUUAAUAUUUUUGUUAACAUAUAGUGAAAGAAAAACGCAACAAACAAAAUGGUUGUAAUAGGGAAGAAGAAAUAUCAAUCAGGAGAAGGAGCACAGUUUAUGACCAGAAAAUCUGCAUUGAAGAAAUUGCAACUUUCUUUAAAUGAUUUUCGCAAACUAUGUAUAUUGAAAGGAAUUUAUCCAAGGGAGCCUCGUAAUCGUAAAAGAGCACAAAAAGGUGAAGUUGGAAUAAAAACCUUGUAUCAUAAAAAGGAUAUUCAAUUCUUAAUGCACGAACCGAUAAUAUGGAAAUUAAGGGAUUACAAAAUAUUCAAUAGAAAAGUUGGAAGGGCAAGGGCACUUAGAGAUUUUGCUGAAAUGAAAAGAUAUUUAAGUAAUCAUCCGACUUUGAAAUUGGAUCAUAUCGUCAAAGAACGCUAUCCAACAUUUGUAGACGCUUUGAGAGAUUUAGAUGAUUGUUUAACAUUAUGUUUCUUGUUCAGUACAUUCCCAUCAUUAGCUCAUAUACCACGCGAUCAAUCAGCUCUAUGCAGAAGACUAACUAUUGAAUUUUUACAUUUCGUCAUAGCGGCUAAAGCCUUAAGAAAAGUUUUUAUAUCCAUAAAAGGUUAUUACUAUCAAGCGGAAAUUAAAGGUCAAACGAUAAAUUGGAUCGUACCACAUCAUUUCUCUUUUGAACCGCAAGAGAAAAGAGAAGUUGAUUUCAAAGUUAUGUCCAUAUUUGUGGAAUUUUAUGUCGUAAUGCUUGGAUUUGUUAAUUAUAGACUUUAUCAUUCUCUUAAUUUGUUUUAUCCACCACAAUUUAAUAAUACUGGCCAAUGCGAAAAGAAUCUUGUAGAUGAGGAAGCAUUUGUAUCGGAAAGAAUAAAUGCAUUGAAUGUACCACUUAAGGCAUUAGAUCCUACCAUACAAAGCAUAGAUGAUGAAGAAAUGGAAAUAGAUCAAUUUUCUAAGGAUGUUGAUGCUCAACAAUUGGAAGCAGUUAAAUUAGAAGCUGAUAAAAUAAAAAAAUUGAAGACUUUAUUUAAAGGUUUAAAAUUCUUUUUGAACAGAGAAGUACCGAGAGAACCAUUAGUUUUUGUUUUACGUUGCUUUGGCGGAGAAGUUUCUUGGGAUAAGCUAUUGUUCGUUGGUGCUACUUUUGAUGAAAAUGAUGAAACAAUCACGCAUCAGAUUGUGGACAGACCUAGUAUGGAUAAACAAUUCUUGUCUAGAAAUUACGUACAACCACAAUGGGUGUUCGAUUCAGUGAAUGCAAGAGAAUUGUUGCCUAUACAGAAGUAUUUAAUGGGCGCUGUUCUUCCACCACAUUUGUCUCCAUUUAACGAGAGUCGAUUAGAUCAAACAUACAUUCCACCAGAGGAACGCGCAUUGAUGAAUCCUGAAUAUAAACUCAGAGAUGUUGAAGAUGAAGAAUUAUCUUCUGAGAAUGAAGAAGAUAAGCAGGAAAAUGAAACAGCAGACAAGGAAGAAGGUAACGAAGAAGAAGAAGAAGAUGAAGAAGAAGAAGAUGAAGAAGAGGAAGAUGAUGAUAAGGAUGAAAUUCAGGUAUCAGAUGAAGAAAAAGAAAAAGAAAAGGAACGCGAACGAAUGCGAAAGAAAAAAGCGAUGCAGGUGAAGGCCGGUAAAAUAAGGAAGGAAGAUCCUUACGAAAAGGAACGUCAAGAUAAACAGGAAUAUCGAUUGAGAGAAAAAAUGAUUAAGAAAAAACAUCGUAAUUUGUAUAAGAGCAUGAUGCAAGGUCGUAAAGAGAGAGCUAAAGAAAUCUGGUUACUGCGAAAAAAGAGGCGAAUUCACGACAAUACUGAGAAAGAAAAAUAUAAGGAAGCUCGUAAAUUGCGAAAGCGCAAUCUUAUUGAAUAAGUAGAAAAACCUAAGAGGGAGACGAAAUAAUUAUAAUUUUAAUUGCGAUGAAAAAGAAAAAAAAGAAUUGAAAAAAAA